AUAGGACCUGCAGCGUGCUCAGAUUUCCCGCUUUUCUCCUUUCUGCGCGCUGGAUCCCGCGGGCGAUGCCCGGCAGAAACUGAGUUGACGCUGACCCGGCUCCGGGAGGGCAAGGCACCGCGCGGCAGCCGCCAUGGGCAGCUUCCAGCUGGAAGACUUUGCAGCGGGCUGGAUCGGAGGUGCAGCCAGUGUCAUCGUUGGCCAUCCUCUGGACACAGUCAAGACGCGCCUGCAGGCCGGUGUCGGCUACGGUAACACCCUCAACUGCAUCCGCACGGUGUACAGGAGGGAGAGUGUGUUUGGCUUCUUCAAGGGCAUGUCCUUCCCCCUGGCCAGCAUCGCAGUUUACAACUCAGUGGUGUUUGGGGUCUUCAGUAACACGCUGAGGUUCCUGAGCCAGCACCGCUGCAGGGAGCUAGAGGCCAGCCCGCCCCACAGCCUCUCCGACCUGCUGCUGGCCAGCAUGGUGGUUGGCGUGGUCUCUGUCGGGCUGGGCGGGCCCGUGGACCUCGUCAAGAUCCGGCUGCAGAUGCAGACACAGCCAUUUCCAGAAGCCAACCUCCGCUUGAAGCCCAGGGCGGUGGCUCUUGGGGAACAGCCCGCGUAUCAGGGGCCUGUGCACUGCAUCGCAACCAUCGUACGGACUGAGGGCCUGGCGGGGCUGUACCGGGGGGCCAGCGCCAUGCUGCUGAGGGACAUCCCUGGCUAUUGCCUCUACUUCAUCCCCUAUGUGUUCCUGACUGAGUGGAUCACACCUGAGGCCUGCACGGGCCCCAGCCCCUGCACCGUGUGGCUGGCGGGCGGCAUGGCAGGAGCAAUUUCUUGGGGGACAGCAACUCCUAUGGAUGUUGUGAAAAGUCGACUCCAAGCUGACGGGGUUUAUUUAAACAAAUACAAAGGUGUCCUGGAUUGUAUCUCCCAGAGUUACCGGGAGGAAGGUCUUAAAGUGUUUUUCAGGGGCGUCACCGUGAACGCUGUGCGGGGCUUCCCCAUGAGCGCAGCCAUGUUCCUCGGGUACGAGCUCUCGCUGCAGGCCCUCCGAGGGGACCACGCGGUGACAAACCCCUGAGCGCCAGGGCUGACAUCGCCUGACUGAGGCUCCGUUGCACUGAAACGUUGAUGCCAAAGGUGUCUCCGAACCUAAGGUGAUGAAUUUACUGAAGCAAAGGGGGCAACAGUCCCCCACCCCACCCCGACUCUUGCCAAGUGGGCCUUCAGCAGAGAGCACUGACUUUGAAGUCCUUUCUUUCACAAUUGCAAGCACUUUGUCCCUCACCCCCCGGCCAAGGCCAGUGAGCUGUCACCUUUGCAAGGAAGCAAUGGACCAUUGAUCAAUCACCAUUGAUUUCAGAGCUGGACUCGUGCCAGGUAAAAGUGGGAUAAGAUAGGCCCUGCCCCACAACCCCUGUCAACUCACCAGGAAUUCAUGGAGGCACUGGGGUCAUCUGUCAGUUUCCAAGUAAAAACACUUGCAAACCUCUUCAGGUCUUUCCUGGUGUCAGAUGUCUGGCUUUCAAAAGACGCCUGGCCACCUUCAUUCCCAUCUCUGCUCAGACCCCUUAGAUAUCACCACGGUCCAGAGGGAAGCCCACCUCACACAGGUGAGGGGGCACGAAGGGCAGCGACUCACGCAUUUUACCCAGGUGCCCAGGGUAGAGAGCGGAGGGCCUGAUGGCUGCAACAAACACGGAGGGAGAGAAAACCUGGAGGAGCUCUCCUUGCCCAUCACGCUGGCACUCGGAGAUAAAGGGCAUCAGGGAGGCGGCCCUGAGCAUUUUCACAUGGAUAACAAAACAAAAACAAACAAACAAACAAAAAACAAAAACAAAACAAAACUCCUUGUCCACAGUCUGAUUUCCAGAAUGAUCACGAUUUUCUAAAUUUUACUCCUUACUGGAUCUAUGUGAGGAGCCCAUUGUCAUUUUGCCAUGUGGCAUGUGUCCUGAUUCAUUCCCAAUUCUGUGCCUACAACAGGCGCCCCUAAUCAAUCCUAGAACCCUUAAUGAGCUCACUGCAGCUUCAGAAUCCUUCCCAAAGCAGCCACUGCCAGCCACUCAGAAUUGGCACACAGGACAGAGCCACUCACCAACCCAGGCUUAAUACUCCGCGAGGGAGAUAUCCUUAAAUUCUUUUUAUUCCUUGAAAGUAUUUCCCUUGAUUUCUCUCCCUCCCACUUCCUGAGUGAUUUGGAGCAUGCUUCUGAAAAUCCCCUACCCUUGUAGACUCAAUCCUAGUACAAAGCAUUUUUCCACCAUAAAGAAGUUGAAAAUGUUCAAUCUCAUCAGUUUAAACCUUGUUACUACAGCAAAGGGUGCUCUCCUUGGAGACGUUGCCUUCACAGCCUGUGGCACAGCAGGGUCCCUGGGCAUCUCUGCAGGCUGCAGUCCAAAUUCUCCAUCCUUCCAGCCCUGGGGCAGUCAUUCAUUGCUGCAGUCAUCAAACAUUUGUUGAGCACCUACUAUGUGCAGACGCUGUCCUAGGUGCUGGAGACAAUCAAGAGGUCCAGUGGUUCUUGCAUUCUGGCGUAUUAGAGGUGGUUCUUUUCGUGCAGGAGGGCUGGGUCUAUGUGCCCACCCAGCACCCCUGGGCCCAGUAGACACUGUGGAUGCUGGUGAAGAGAUUCUCACUGGCAUCGGGUCCACCCCCAAAUGCACCUGAGGUCUUUUCUGUAAAAGAGAUAUAUAAUACAUCUCAAUAUGUAUUUCUUAAGUCUGCCUAAACCAUGUGUCUUACCAGUGCUAGUACUGGUUGCACAGUCUGUUUGGAAGUAGUCCUGUGUUCAAGAGGCCAGCUGAGUUUUCUACAGGACACUCCUGAUGAGCCUGAGAUCCAACAACAACCUCAUUCAGGUUCUCUUGGUCAUCUUGAUAAUAAGAGCAGGUAAACUGCAGGCUGUAGUGCUGGCCCCAGUUUACAGAUGAAGAAACUGAGGCUCAGAUGUACCCAAGCUCCUGAGGAGGGCUUGGACCACCACGCUCAUUCAAUAAUCUUCCUAAGGCUACACUGUGCCCUGCUGCCUAGCCCAGGAAACAUCACCAGCAGCAAUGGUGAUGCCUGUUUCCUGGUGUUUAAAAGAGAAAGUUGGUGGGACAUAGAAAAAUGGAGCCUCAAAUCACCAUUCAAGACCUUCCAUAAUCUGCAGUAGAGCUGUACCUCCCGAUUCAUCUUCCAUUGCUUCAUUCCAAUCUCCUGUGUGCCAUCCAUUUUACCCCAUCACAUCCACAGCCAGCUGGCAGAUGCAUCGUGGACAUUCAAACAUUUGUUGAAGGAAUAACUGAGUAAUCGAAGAAACCUCAUUGAACCAGCUGUUGUCUGCCUUCCACCCUCCAUCUUUCCUGCUUUUCUUUAGCCUGGGCACCCUCACUCCCUCCUCCAGGAAAAGGAAAGCAUUCUGCCAGCCAGAGCACAACUCAAAUGCUACAGUCUGGGGCUUCCUUGAUUCUCCUCCCUCAGCAACUUCCAUGACCCUUUAACACAUACGUCUCCCGUCGCACUGUGUCCAGCUGUGCUGCAGUCACAUCUGCACACCUUCUCUUUCCCACAUGCCUUCGCCCUCCUGAGGACCAAGGCUGAGCCUUGCUCAUCUUCAGACCACUGAAGCAGCAUUCACGGGUGGUGUUUGGAAUAAAGGAAACAUGAAUAAAUGGGUAAAAGCAGAAGUAUAACAAUGUUAAUUAAGAAUUGCUUGUAAUAAUGAAAUUUUGGAAAUGAAUCUAAAUGCUCAUCAACAGAAGAGGGGAUUAAAUAAACUGAGGUGAAUCA